GUUAUCGGAGUAGCACACACCCAGUCCCAAGUAUGAACGCACACAACAGUGGUUAUUAUGACAUUACUUUGGAAGCAGAGAGAUAGGGAGCAGGUUACAGAGAAAUCACUGGCACGUCAUUCCUCUGUUUAGUUUCUGUGUGCUUUUUUUUGAGUCAGUUACACUUGUAGUGAGAUGAGCAAAUUACUUCAUUCUUCUGUUUUGGAAUGGUUGGACAUAAAUACUUUUUUGAUUUUCCUCUGUGUUUUCUUGGUACUUGCCGACCUCCUGAAAAACAAAACUCCGAAGAAUUUUCCUCCUGGACCUUGGUCAUGGCCUUUCAUUGGCAACAUGUUUCAAUUUGAUCCUGCUAAGAUGCAUCUUCAGUUUGAAGAGUGUGAAAAAAAAUAUGGAAAGAUUUUCAGCCUUCGAAUUCCAUCAGCAAACCAAGGGUCAAAGUGGGUUAUUCUGAGUGGAUACGAGAUGGUGAAAGAGGCCUUGGUCCACAAUGGCGACAGUUUUGUCGAUCGUCCCUCCAUUCCCUUAUUUGAAGAUAUAUAUAUUGGAAGUCAAGCAAUGGGAAGUAAAGGUGUGGUUAUGUCGAACGGGUAUCCAUGGAAGCAACAGAGGAGGUUUGCUCUCUCUACACUGAGGAACUUUGGACUGGGCAAGAAGAGUCUGGAGCCAUCCAUCCAGAUUGAAGCGCAGUGUUUGAAUGAAGCCAUUCAGAGUGAACAAGGAAAACCCUUCAGCCCCCAGAUACUGAUGAACAAUGCUGUUUCCAAUGUGAUCUGCUGUCUUGUGUUUGGUGCCCGCUUUGAAUACAGCGAUGACCAAUUCCAAACCCUCCUGAAAACAAUGAACGAGAUUAUUUACUUGGAAGGGGGCUUUUGGGCCGGGAUGUAUAACAUGAUGCCGUGGGUCAUGCGUCGGGUUCCUGGUCCUCACAGAAGGAUCUUCACUGGCUGGAAGGAGGUCAUCUCCUUCAUCAACAUCAGGAUUCAGGAGCACAUGAAGGACAAUGACCCCUCGUCCCCAAGAGACUUCAUCGACUGCUUCCUCAACGAGAUAGAGAAGUGUGAAGAUGACACAAGGGCUGGGUUCAACUUGGAGAACUUGUCCUUCUGCACUCUGGAUCUAUUUGUGGCUGGGACAGAGACCACCUCUACCACCCUCUAUUGGGGCCUUCUGUUUAUGAUCAACUACCCGGAGAUACAAGCCAAGGUGCAGGCAGAGAUCGAUGCAGUUGUUAGGUCGUCGCGGCAGCCCUCCAUGGAAGACAGGAACCGCAUGCCCUACACAGACGCAGUCAUCCAUGAGACACAGAGGAUGGGGAAUAUCAUACCGCUCAACGUGUCCCGCAUGGCCACUAAAGACACUGAGGUUGGAGGAUACACCAUCCCUAAGAACACCAUUGUGCUUGGCACCCUCCAGUCGAUCCUGUUUGAUGAGUCAGAGUGGGAGACCCCUCACACCUUCAACCCGGGACACUUCCUGGAUCAGGAGGGCAAGUUCAGGAAGAGAGACGCAUUCCUUCCAUUCUCUUUGGGUAAGAGGGUGUGUCCUGGGGAGCAGCUAGCCAAGAUGGAACUCUUCCUGUUCUUCACCUCCCUGCUGCAGAGGUUCACCUUCUUCUCUCCCCCAGGGGUGGAACCCAGCCUGGACUUUCAGAUGGGGUUUACACACAGUCCCAAGCCUUACCAGCUGUGUGCAACACCUCGAUGAGUCUUCCACAGCUGCCCUAUUCAUUAUGUUGCUGGGGUUUAAAAAUUAAUUAUUGGAGGGCCAAGUGUCUGAAGGUUCACACCUCCCUUGUACUUGAUUGAUCAACUAAGGUAAUUGAUUAAAACUUCCUUUGCCUGGUUGCUUAGGUUUUAAAUUGACACAAAUGAAAAGGAAAUGAAGUCUUUCUUAACACCAAACAACUGAAAAGGCUGCAGAUGGAGAAAACACACUCACGUAGUGACACUACACAUACCAAUAAUACUCUACAUAUCAAGAUCUCAAACCAUAUGUUGUAGUCCUAGAUUAAACUUGAAUAAGAAGGACAUAUUUGAUUGAAAAUCUAAAACACUCCUACAUUAUCAAUGUAAAUGUACAUAAUUUACAAUGUAAACAUACUACAUGUCUUUCAUGUAUAUGGCAUAUCUGAAUGUAUUUGACCCAUGGUCUGGUGGAUUGUGAUUUCUUCUGUACCUUUUUAUUUUCUAUCAAGGCAAUAUACACUACAAUAUACA